AUGUCUUCCGAAACAUCAGUCAGUCUCCUUAUGUUCCGCUGGCCUGAAAGAAUGCUCACACGUCAGCAGUCCAAACCUACUAUUUACAUGAUCCGACAUGGAGAGAAGCCCGCUGAGGUUGACGGAAAAGAGCCAGAUGGACUGUCUGCUCAAGGCAAAGAACGUGCAAACGAUCUCGUCAAUGUCUUCGGAGCCAAUUCACCCUACAACAUUGCAUACAUCAUGGCAGAGCAUCCUCACAAAGAUGGCGGUCGCGAUCGCCCUUGGAAGACCGUGGAGCCAUUGGCGGAUUCACUUGGACUUAAAGUCCAUAAGAAGAUUGAAAGGGAUGAUUACGCUGGAGCUGCAAGCAAGGCUUUGUCCUUUGACGGCCCGGGAAAUGUAUUGCUUUGUUGGGAGCAUAAGUCUCUUGAAGGUAUUGCCAAGGCGAUUGGUAUCCAGGGUUACGCGGCGGAGACUGGGUGGACUGGUGAGGUGAAGUAUCCUGGGGAUAGGUUUGAUCUGAUUUGGGUUGUGCCGCCUCCGUAUACGGAGAUCACUGUGGUAGGAAGUGAGCUGGUUCCUGGCUUGGAUGAUGGAGUUCACGUUAACGCGAAUGGAGAUGUUCCCCCUCCUUCGUCUGACUGA